AUGGCUGCGCAGCGGCUGGGCAAACGCGUGCUGAGCAAGCUGCAGUCCCCGUCGCGGGCCCGCGGCCCGGGGGGCAGCCCCAGCGGGCUGCAGAAGCGCCACGCGCGAGUCACCGUCAAGUACGACCGGCGGGAGCUGCAGCGGCGGCUGGACGUGGAGAAGUGGAUCGACGGACGCUUGGAGGAGCUGUACCGCGGCAGG